AUGCCCAAGCUCUGGGGCGGGUUGGGGGGGGGGGGGGCCCGCGCCCCCCCAGAGCUUCAGCAGGCGUUUGACAUGCUGACUGUGUUUGUGCCCGAGCAGUCCCAGGCCAUCGUGAUCUACACGGGCUGGGAGCGCCAUGCGCUGGUGGGCUCCGACAUCCGGCUGUCCUGCUCCUUCUUCUCCUGGCGCUGGACCUCGGAGGAAGUCACCUUCUCCUGGACGUACCGGCCGGACGGCUCUCGGGACAGCAUCUCCAUUUUCCACUACACCGGGGGCGUGGCUUACCUGGACAACAAGGGCCCCUUCAGGGACCGGCUGGAGUUUGUGGGAAACCCGGGCCGCCGGGACGGCUCCAUCCUGCUCAAGAACCUGGACUUCAGCGACAACGGCACCUUCACCUGCGACGCCAAGAACCCCCCCGACAUAGUGGGCCGGCCCUCCAGCGUGCGCCUGCUGGUGUUUGAGAAAGUGCCCAUCCAGGCCGGUGUGAUCACGGGGGCCAUUAUCGGGGUGGUGCUGGGCCUGCUGGUGCUCAUUGUGGUCAUCUAUUACUUGAUGAGGUUCCUGGUGGCGCGCCGCGUCUUCAGCCUUAGCGUCAGCAAACAUGGCAAGAAAAAGAAAGAGGGAUCACAGCAGAGACAGGCAAGUGUCCCCCCUCCCUCCCCCUGCCUCCCCCCUCCCCCCCCCCCGCCUCCUCAGCACGCGCACUCCAUCGCACGCCUCCACGCCACAGCAGCCAGACGAAACACAUUUGUUUGCUGUCACAUCCAGGCAUUAAUAGCGCAACGACGUCCCUUUUUUCCGGAGAGAUUACGGCGGGAUUGGACAUUUGUUUGGAGCGUUCGGGGGCUCGGGAAAACGUGCUGUCGGAAGGCGGCGUUCCCCUCACAACAGCAGGCGUCCCCUGUGACAGCGCCGGUUCAUAAUCGCAUUCCCCCUAAUGCCGGCCCAGGCCGGGCGGGGGGGCGCGCCCUCACACCUCCCCCCCCCCAUCACUUGGGGUGCUUUGGAGCCGGCCCACCUCCUCCUCCCCCCCGCCUCUAG